AUGGGGGACUGGAACUUAUUAGGUGGCAUCUUAGAGGAAGUUCACUCUCACUCAACCAUAGUGGGGAAAAUCUGGCUGACCAUCCUCUUCACCUUCCGAAUGCUGGUGCUUGGUGUGGCUGCGGAGGAUGUCUGGGAGGAUGAACAGUCAGCAUUUGUCUGCAACACCCAGCAGCCAGGAUGCAAAAAUAUCUGCUAUGACCACGCUUUCCCUAUCUCUUUGAUCAGGUUCUGGGUUUUACAGAUCAUCUUUGUGUCUGUGCUUGAAGUAGGAUUCAUGAUAGGCCAGUAUAUUCUCUAUGGGUUUCAACUGCACCCUCUUUUCAAAUGUUCACAACCUCCUUGCCCCAAUGCAGUUGAUUGCUUUGUGUCCAGGCCCACAGAGAAGACCAUUUUCAUGAUCUUUAUGCACAGUAUUGCAGCCAUAUCCUUAUUUCUUAAUAUUCUGGAAAUAUUUCAUCUGGGUAUCAGGAAAAUAAUGAGGGUACUUUAUGAGAAAUCCAGCAGUGAGGUCACUGAGGAUGAAAAAGGCCCUCCGUUCCAUUUAAAGAAAUAUUCAGUCACCCAUCAAUGUAUGAUUUGCAAUUCCUUGCCUGAUAGAAACUCUCUACUCCAAGCCAGCAAUCAACUAAAAAACAUCCGAGUUAAUAUGCCAAAGCCUGAAACCGCCUCAGAAAUUCCAGUGGCCAGGCAACCGGAGGUAAUCCCUUGCUGUGGCAAAAAGGACUGGGAUCAGAAAGACCAGCACGGUGGACAGCUCCCAGUCCACAGUCCAUGCCUCUGGAAUGGCGUGGUCAGAAUGAAGGACCAUGGACAGCAGCCAGACCGUCGUUCCUUUAGUCUACAGACAAUUUCCCAGCCCUGGCUGGGGAGAACAACAGCCCCUAGACACUGUCAAUCCUAUGCACCAGGAACCUGGGAGCAGCCCCAGGAUGUAAAGCCUGCAGGUGAGCCCCUCUUAGAUUUGCACAGUCACUGCAGGGACAGCGAUGACAGUGUGAGAGAAGGUGGCUUCUGGUCCGACAGAUCUCGCCCAGCCAGUCGCAAAGUCAGUCUUCUGUCUAGAUUGCUUUCUGAGAAAGGACAACUGCACAGCGAUUCUGGUAGCUCCAGUUCUCAGAAUAACUCCUGCUUGGACUUUGCACAUCGGGAGAACAGCCCGUCCCCUCUGCCUUUAGCCACUGGGCACAGAACGUCAAUGGCAGGCAAGCUGGGACUCAUCAUUGCUGCCUCUCGCUUCUACUCAUUGCCCAGGGUCCAGCAGGCUCGGUUGUGCUGUGUUCUGCUUGGUUUGGGGGCCUUGCACUGCUAA